AUUAUGCGUGAGAUUAUAAAGGCGAGUGCUGAGCGGCGGCGCGCGCUGCAGACAGACAGCAAGACAUCUGGCCACUUCCCGAGUCACUUCUUUGGUCCUGCGGGCGCCAGCCGCGCCGAGCCCCGCCCGCAGCCAGCCAAGCAGGGCGUGCGGACCGGAGGCGGUCACGCUCCGGCCUCCUUGACCGCCGCCCGCCGAGCCAGGCAGGAGCAACGCGCGCCGGUCCGUUCCGCUGCCACCCUCCCAGGUCUUGGCCGUCCAGCCGAUCUGACAGCCGGCGAUGUUUUAUUUCCACUGCCCGCCACAGCUAGAGGGCACUGCACCCUUUGGCAACCACUCUUCGGGGGAUUUUGACGACGGGUUUCUACGUAGAAAACAGCGCCGGAACCGGACGACGUUCACUCUUCAGCAGCUGGAAGCUCUCGAGGCUGUUUUUGCCCAAACACACUAUCCAGAUGUCUUCACCAGAGAAGAGCUCGCCAUGAAAAUAAACCUCACAGAAGCCAGAGUGCAGGUUUGGUUCCAGAACAGAAGAGCCAAAUGGAGGAAGACGGAGAGAGGGGCCUCGGACCAGGAGCCAGGAGCCAAGGAACCCAUGGCAGAGGUGACGCCUCCUCCAGUGAGAAACAUCAACUCCCCGCCCCCUGGGGACCAAGCCCGGAACAAGAAGGAAGUGCUGGAGGCCCAGCAGAGCCUGGGGCGAACGGUAGGUCCUGCAGGGCCUUUCUUCCCCUCCUGCUUGCCGGGGACUCUCCUGAACACGGCCACCUAUGCCCAGGCCUUGUCCCAUGUGGCCUCCCUCAAAGGGGGCCCACUGUGCUCUUGCUGCGUCCCAGACCCCAUGGGACUCUCCUUCCUUCCCACCUAUGGCUGCCAGAGUAACCGCACGGCCAGCGUGGCCGCCCUGCGCAUGAAAGCCCGUGAGCACUCAGAAGCCGUCCUGCAGUCAGCCAACCUCCUGCCUUCCACCAGCAGCAGCCCCGGCCCUGUCGCCAAGCCAGCACCCCCAGAUGGCAGCCAGGACAAGACCUCUCCCACCAAGGAACAGAGCGAGGCAGAGAAGAGUGUAUGA